CAAGUCAUGGAACAAAGAGGACGCAAAGUAUGGUGGGCUCGGCAGUUUUGGUUUGCCUUCACGGUUUUUCUGGAUGUUUUAUGCAACGGAGCUUCUGCACAGAUCAGAUAUUCCAUAUCUGAGGAGGUUCAACGGGAAACCGUCGUCGGGAAUAUUGCUAAGGAUUUGGGACUAGAUAAGAGUGCACUCAAAGACAGAGGAUAUCGCAUUGUAGCAAGCUUAACUGAGCCCCUGUUUAGAGUGAAUCAAAACGAUGGCAUAUUGUAUGCAAAAAGAGGAAUAGACAGGGAGGAGGUGUGCGACCGGACGAGCCCGUGUUUGAUCAAUCUGAAAACCGUGCUAGAAAACCCACUGGAGAUCCACUACGUGGUCGUGGAAAUACUCGAUAUCAAUGACCACUCGCCUGUUUUUCCAGAGAAAGAGAAAAGGCUUGAGAUUUCCGAGUCGGCCUUAACAGGAGCGAAAUUUCAACUACAGGCUGCGCGCGACCCCGACGUGGGCCAGUUCUCAAUUCAGCAAUAUAAACUCAGCCAGAACGAAUAUUUUAGAUUAGAAGUCAAGGAUAGAGGUGAGGACCGUAAAGUACCAUUUUUAGUUCUGCAGAAGCAGUUGGACAGAGAAACAGUCCGGAAACUGAAGCUACGUCUAACAGCUGUUGAUGGAGGAAAACCGGUGAAGUCUGGCGCAAUAGACAUUGUUGUGGAUGUGCUGGAUGUUAAUGACAACUCCCCGGUGUUUACCAAAGAGUUAUAUUCCUCUACACUUAAAGAAAACGCCCCCGCUGGCACUGUGGUGAUUCAGGUAAAUGCAACAGAUAUGGACCAGGGUGCAAAUGGCGAAAUUAUAUAUUCAUUUGGUCAUGAAGUUGAUUCUAAAUUGAGGAAUGUGUUUAGUGUAGACGCAAACACUGGUGAAAUUAAGGUAACCGGUCAAAUAGAUUUUGAGGAAAGUAGAAGUUAUGAAAUUGACAUUCAGGCGUCUGAUAAAGGACAAGCUCCUCUAACAACUGACAAAAGUGUUAUGAUAACUGUUAUUGAUGUUAAUGAUAAUGCACCUGAGAUUGAAGUGACAUCAUUUUCUAGCUCGAUCAAGGAGGACUCAAAGUUAGGAACUACAGUGGCCCUGAUUAGUGUCAGUGAUUUAGACUCUGGAAUUAAUGGCAAAGUCAUUUGCACGAUCAAAGAAGAUGUGCCGUUUACUUUAGCCCCGGCAUUGCAAGACAACAUGUACGCUGUUGUGACCAGGUCGCAGAUAGACAGGGAACAUGUUUCCCAAUUUGAUGUCACAAUUAUUGCGAUGGAUUCCGGAGAUCCAUUAUUUUCAACUGAAAAGACUAUAAGCGUCGUGGUAUCAGAUGUGAAUGACAAUAGUCCAACGUUUUCAUCAAGCCCGUAUGUAUUUUAUGUCACCGAGAAUAACAGCCCCGGAGAUCCGUUGUUUUCAGUCAAAGCCUUCGAUUGUGAUGAAAGUGAUAACGCUGUCAUUUCAUAUCGUAUUUCCAGAGAAGCAAGCGGAGAUAAUAAAUUCACCUCAUUUUUAAAUAUAAACUCUGAUAAUGGCCACAUUUCCGGUCUAACAAGUUUUGACUUUGAAAGUCUGAAAACGUUCCAGUUCCAAGUUGUCGCCUCAGAUUCUGGAACUCCGUCACUAAGCAGCAACGUCACAGUGAACGUGUUCAUUCUGGAUCAGAACGACAACGCUCCAGUCAUCCUGUAUCCAGUCAGCUCGAACGGUUCUGCUGAAGGUGUGGAGGAGGUUCCCCGCAAUGUGAACGCAGGACACUUAGUGACUAAAGUCAGAGCCUAUGACGCUGAUAUCGGAUAUAACGGCUGGCUGCUGUUUUCACUGCAGGAAGUUACUGACCAUAGUCUCUUUGGGUUGGACCGCUAUACAGGACAGAUCAGAACACUUCGCUCAUUCACAGAGACAGACGAGGCGGAGCAUAAACUGGUCAUACUGGUGAAAGACAAUGGGAACGUGUCACUCUCAGCAACAGCGACUGUGGUUGUCAAAGUUGUGGAGCCCAAAGAGGCUUUUGCUGCCUCUGAUGUUAAAAGUGCAACAAAGGAUGAGGAGGAUAAUAAUGUGACUUUUUACCUGAUGAUAACUUUGGGCUCAGUUUCAACACUUUUUCUCAUCAGUAUCAUCGUGCUGAUUGCAAUGCAGUGCUCUAAAUCCACAGACUACACUUCUAAAUAUCUACAAGAGACUAAUUAUGACGGGACCCUGUGUCACAGCAUCCAGUACAGAUCUGGAGAGAAACGCUACAUGUUAGUUGGACCCAGAAUGAGUAUAGGAUCUACUAUAGUCCCGGGCAGCCACGCGAACACACUCGUGCUCCCUGACAGGAGACAUACAUCUGGAGAGGUAAGACAUUUUUUUGUGGAAACUUUAAAAUGA